CGGAUUUGUAUAUCGAUGGCGGCGGCCGAGGCGAUGGCGGCGGUCAAGGCGCCGGUGGCGGUGGUAGCCCGUGUCGGACGCGCUGGAUCGGCGCAUGCGCUUGGGCGCGGCGUCUUGUUGUGUCUGUUGAUGGCCAUUUUCCUGACAGCGACGGCCCGCGCCGAGAACUACGGCGUUGACAAGGUGCCCACCAGUUACCGCUUUGAAGACCCGCGAGCCGACCACACGGCCGCAGGCAUCGCCUUUGACGAAGCCAAGCGCCGCAAUCUCGCCGUGCAGGCCUUUGAGGCAGCCGUUCGCUUCAACCCAACCAGUGCUACCUAUAAUAAUCUGGGUGUGGUACUCAUGCGCGAGCAUCAGUAUGAACGCUCCCGGGAGGCUCUCCUGCAGGCCCUCAAAAUUGAACCCAACAACAAGCACGCCAUGGACAACAUGAAAGACCUGAACAAGCUCGCCGGUGACUAUCUCGGCUCGGCGCUACCCCCCAGCCCUCCAAGCCCUCUGCGCCCUCCGCCGGCCCCCAGCAACGAGUAUGAGGAGCUGGACGAUCUGGCUGGCACGGGUCUUGGCCAUGCACAACAAACGAUUCUUACCUACGAAGAUGAUGAGGCUUUGGACUUGGACGAUUAUGAACCAGAUGAUUACGCUGAGGGCGAAGCCACCGCAGCGCCCACGGGCAGCCGCCCACCAUCAACCGCGCACCCGUCUCCAACACCCUCGGCCGCAGUACACAAACCUGCCGCGCCGGCCCCGCGGCCUUCAGCCCCAGCUUCAACUGGCUCCGGCACACUCAAGCCGCCUCAAAACCCGGGCACGCUCCACCUGCCACCUUCCAAUAACAUGACGGGGCCCCGCUGGCACUUCAAGCGCCCUCUGCGGGCCGGUGGCUCCCUGAAAACAGUGCCUCUCGACCAAGCCUGGCGCUUGGCUGAAGAAGCAGACGCUCCCUCAGUGCCCAUCCGAAGUCAGAACAUGGUGUUUGAUAAUGCGCCUCCAAAAACUGUUGCCGUCAAGGGUCGACAAGACCUCUUGCGUUUUAUUCGCAACGAAUUCAGGGAGCGCUAUUUUGAACAGUUUCCCGUCUACAUUCAAGCUCAGGGUGCAUAUCUUGACUUUCUCAACUAUUCUGCUGCGCUGUCUGGCCAAACAUUCAACUAUGCCGGUGACAAGGAGAAGAGUGACCCUCGUAAUGUCAAGUUUAUCAAACGCACCUUUGAUCAAAAGCAAGAAUCAGGGCGCAAAACUGAGAAGGACUUGGCGCGGGCCCUACGUGAAGGUUUUACUCUCCAAUUCUACAGCGUCAACUACUGGGACCCCAACAUUGCCAGUCUUGCCCUCGAGUUGAGCGAACACGGCAUCCUCUUACCAGUCAAUGCCAACUUGUACAUCACACCGGGUGGUACCAGCGUUUCGCUCGUUCCCCAUACUGACUACCAGUGCUCCCUCAUGGUGCAGCUUGCUGGCGUCAAACGCUGGCGCCUCUGGAAGAUGCCUGAAAUCAUGCUGCCCGUUAGUGCAAAUAUGAUUCGUGGUCGUGAUACCGAUGAUCUGGUUGCCUCGGAGGAACUUGGAGAGCCUUACAUGGACGUGUUGUUGCAGCCGGGUGACAUUCUCUACGUCCCUCGAGGCGUCUUGCAUGCAACCUCCACCCCCGAGGGUGAUCAUCCAUCCAUGCACCUUACCGUUGGCAUGGAGGCCAUGUGGGACCUGGGCAUUGGACAGGUCUGGCAUCAUUUUCUGGGAGCGGGUGCCGUGGCACACCACCAACAUAUUGUUGAAGGUCUCUACACGGCUCUUCGCCGCAAAACGCACGAAGAUGCCCGCUAUCGCGCAACGAUGCCCGCCUCUUUCUACAAUCGCAGUGGCGACCCCAAACAGAGUGCUGAGUGGCGGGAAAUGGGGCGCCAGAUGCUCCACGAUAUGGUGGAUGAACUGGUUGAUCACACCUUGACAUUUGAGCGUAUCCAAAAGCUGAUGCUUGGACAGGUUCGCAAGUCCCGUGAUCGACUCGUUCGUGAAUUCAAGGCGCAGCGCGACUUGACAUUUCAACGUGACUCGAUUGAUGCCACCGCGCAUGAGAAUGCCAACCGAGAAUGGUAUUUGCAAUGGCAGCGCAAACACGCCGCCGGUCGCCAUGAUGAGCUAUGAAUACCAACAAUUUACGCAUCUGCAAAGGCUUGUGUGUUAAUCCAUUAAGAUUAUAUCACCCAGACCAAGGUUCCUCUCUGAUGAAAUGCCCACACGAAGCGAGUCAGCGGGACACGCUUCUUAUUGUAGCUCCUCAUCAACAGUGGGGCCGCCCUGGGCUUGUGCGGUCACACCGGCCAGGCGCUCGGCCCGAAGCUGAGACACGAUGAUGGCCACCUCCUCCGAAGGGCGGACAACAAAGCCCUUGCGUGCUGGAAUGGCCUCUUCUAAAGCAGCGUGCCAGUCAUCAGUGUCGCACACCGUCAGAAGGGCUCCCAAAACUUGGUUGAUGGACAAGACGGGAGCAUAGCCCUUUUCACGGAUGCAAAGCUCUUCAAUGGGCAAGCGGGCCGUGGUGAUGGAGCGCGCAGUAGCGCGAUCCAACGUGUAGUUUUUGAUGAUGCUUUCAUCCACGAGUCCACCCAUCACGUACACCUUUUGCGGGUCCACCUCCA